AUGUCACCAACUGCUGUUGAUCCAACGCCAAAUCAAAUUGAAGCUGAAUUUCAAUCAACAAUUGAAAAAUUAGCUAAAUUGAAACCAAUUGGUCAUUCUAGAGCUAAACAUGAAGUGAUUACCGGUGGUGAUCCUGAUUGGAAAGAUAAAUUACCUCCAACAACUAAAGAAAGAUAUGAAAAAUACAAUGUUGAUAUUUCAAAAGGUUAUCCAGUUAUUCCACCAAAUGAUAAAAUUCCAAAAUUUGUUGAUGAAGCUUUUGAGAUCAGAAAUAAGGAAUACCCUUUUGUCAACAGAGCAAAAAAUGCAGAUCCAGAAAAGAAAGCUUUAUUUGGUGCUGCUAAAGAUGUUAUUCAUUUAUCACCAUAUAUUGGUACAGAAAUUGUUGGUUUACAGUUAAGUGAUUUAACGGAUCAACAAAAAGAUGAAUUAGCUUUAUUAAUUGCUGAAAGAAUAGUUGUUUUUUUUAAAGAUCAAGAUUUAUCACCUCAAAAACAAUUAGAAUUAGGUCAUUACUGGGGUCAAGUUGAAGUUCAUCCACAAGCUGCUCGUUUGCAAGAUGGUAUUUCAAUUAUCUGGCAAGAUUAUCAAUCGGAAAGGUGGGGUAUUGGAUUAUCAUUUAAAAAUUCAAAGAAAGGUAAUUCACAAUGGCACUCAGAUUUAGUUCAUGAAUUUCAAACUGCUGGUAUUACUCAUUUACAUUUAGAUUCUAUUCCAAACAUUGGAGGCGAAACUACAUGGGCCUGUAAGUAAAAUAAGUACAUAAGUACACUAAUUCUGCCUUUGUGGUCUUUUACUAACAUCGUUAUUAGCAACCUAUGGGGCUUAUGAUAAAUUAUCACCAGCUUUUCAAAAAUUCUUAGAUGGUAAAACUGCAAUCUAUAAAAGUGCUCAUCAAUAUUUAGAUCGUGCUAAUCCAUUAAAAGGACCUAAACAUGUUGAAAGAGAACAUCCAUUAGUUAGAACUAAUCCUGCCACUGGUUGGAAAUAUUUAUUUGUUAAUAGAUCAAUGACUGUUAGAAUUGUUGGUUUAGAACCUGCUGAAAAUGAUUUAAUUUUGAAUUAUUUGUUCAAUAUUAUUGAAACUAAUAGAGAUAUUCAAUAUACUUUUCAAUGGCAAUCAAAAGAAGCUGGUUCAAUCAAAAAUGAUAACAAACAGAAGCACUAUUCUGGUGUCCUGGCUAUUUGGUAUAAUAGUGUCAGUAAUCACCUGGUCAUUCACACUAAUGAGCUGCUUUCAAAUAGACAUGGUACAAGAGUUACAAGUUUAGCAGAAGUUCCAUUUUUUGAUCCAAAUUCAAAAUCUCAAAGAGAAGCUUUAGGAUUGCCAUUAAAUUAG